AUGGAGAUUUUUCCUGAAGAGUUAACAAAAGUUUUUACAGUUAAGGAUCACUUGAAUGGUGGAUCUUAUGGAACGAUCUAUAAAGCCAUAAAGAAAAGUAAUUUUUAUUUCAGGCAAUGGAAAAAUGUAUGCAAUAAAGGCUGUAGCCAGAGCUAACACAGAGCCAAGCUGGAAUGGCAUUGAAGUUGAUGUGCAACCGUCAAGCUGGAAGGAUAUUGAAACUGAGAUGCAAGUGCUCUCAUGGGCCAAUCCAUAUAAGCUUCAACUAGACUCCUUUUUUGUUAAAGGCGACACUUUCUUCAUGGUCAUGGAUUAUUGCCGAAAUGGCGACCUUCUUAAAGCCAUAGUUGAUAAGAUUCAUGCCCAUGAAAUGUUUGAAGAAGACGAAAUCUGAAAAUAUUUUAUCCAGAUCAGCUUUGGGCUCGAGUCUUUGCACUAUAACGGAUUUAUCCAUCGAGAUCUUCAUCUACAAAAUAUCCUUUUAGAUGAAAAUAGAGAUAUUAAAAUAGCUGAUUUUGGCAUUUCUCGCUAUUUACAGUCAAAUGCAAAUAAUGGAGUUAAGGCUUACUGGUCUCCUAGGACUCAUAGUGGAGGUCUUCAGGCUAAAGAAAGCGAUGUUUGGGCAGUCGGCUGCAUUUUAUAUUAUCUCUGCAACCUUGAGCAUCCUUUUGGCAAAAAUAAGAAUAAAAUAAAAUAUGAGCCUCAUAAGCCGAUAAGAAGUGAAUACUCGAAUGAUUUGAGGUAUUUCGUUGAUCGGUGCCUACAAAAGCAGCGAGAAGAUAGGCCAACAAUAGUUGAUAUCUUAACUCAUGAGUUUAUAGUCAACAAAACACUAAGCUUAGGCAUUACAAUUCCACAAACAUCUGCUAUGAAUGAAGCUAUUCAUAAAAAGGAAAUUGAGUCGCUUAGAGCAGAAAAUGCUCGCUUAAAGGUAAUAAAUGAUAAUAAUUUUAAAUAUGGGAAUGGUUCUUAUUGGCUAUCAAUUCAAAAUCUGAAUAAAGUUAAUUAAUAUAUUUAUAAGAGAAUUGAGGCAAGACCCUUUAAAUAAUGCUUGGUAAACGUGAGCUAAAAUCCAUUGCUAUACAAGGAGAAGCCUUACUCAUCUGUACCCUCUUUCUCGAGAAGUGAUAUUUAGUAUAACUAACUUGUGUCUUUGCAGUAGAGCCCACGAGAGCAUUUAGUUUACCCUGGACUUGCAGGCUUCUUUUUAACUCAUGGAAUUGGUCCUGCUCCAUAACUUGCCAAACUAACUCCGCGAGAUAACAGAUAGCAAACGUAUGCUCGCUUGGUUUGGCAUAAAAUUUAAUCAGGCCGAUAUAAAUAUAUUAGCUUUCUAAAGCACUAAAUAGUGGCACAUUCAGCCGGAAAAUAGCUUUGUUCAAAGAUGCAGUAAAUGUAGCAGGACCUUAUUCUAUUUUUAUUAUAGCAAAUAUUAAAGACUCUAUUUCUAACUAAUAAAUGAAAAUAAAAAGAGCGAGAAAGACCUCAAAGACAGGAAUGACGACCUGCUUAAUUCUCAAAGAAAUAAGAUUCCUCAAGAUCAUAUCAAAAAUAAUGAAGCAGAAAAAGCCCAAAAGAUCCAAGAGCUAAGAGAGAAGAGAUCUGAAAUUUUAAAUAGACCAAAUGACCCAGAAUUAGAGCAAGACUUUAGGAGAAUCUGCUCAAAGUUCAGUACUGAUAUCUAUGCUGAUGACCCAACUCUUCAGCAAGCUUACCAAGAUUAUACUAAUGCUUAUCGCCAAAAAACAUCUCUUUAUAAAAUUAUAAAGGAUUAUGAGAAUAGGACUAAUUUGAUUAUUUAUGAUACAGAAAAUGAUAGUGAGGAAGUCAGAAUAGUAGAGACUCCGGAACCACUAGAUUUUGGCACUUGUAUUGCUCAGCUUCCUAAUGGUAAUUUAUUUUGCUUUGGUAAUAGCCAACAUUCUGGAGUUUCAUUGAUAAUUGAUGAGAAUUAUAAAGUUCGGGAGCUGCCAUCUGGAACUCCUUGCGUUAACUCAUCAGCUAUCUAUUUCAAUAAUAGUGUUUAUUGCUUUGGAGGAAAUUAUAAUUAUGAAGAUUUAACUCUAUCAGAGAGAUUUGAUUUAAAUGAAAACCGAUGAAUUAAAUUAGAGCCACUGCCAGAAGCUGAUGAGAAUUGCACUAGUGUAAUAUUUAACGGGAAUAUUGUGAUUUCUGGAUUUAAUGAAAAUCUUUUGAGGUAUUCAAUUGGUAACAACACUUUCGCAGCAAUUCCUUAUGAUUUUGAAGCUUAUGUAGGCAAGAUUCUUAUAAGUACAGAGAGACUGUAUUUAAUUGAAUAUGGUGGAUCAAUCUAUGAAAGUGAAUUGUCAAAUGAAACUGUCUGGAGACGAAUUGGAGACUCAAUAAUAGUUCUUUUUAAUCAAGUUUAUUUGUCACAUAGUAAAGGAAAAAUAAACACAUCUGCAAGUUCUGGGAUAGUUUGCACUAUGGAUACGAGGCACCCUAAAUAGACUACCAAAUAUUAACGAAGGUUAACACAAACUGUGCAAGUCUAUAUCUCAUUUUUUUCUAUAAAUGGUAGAGAAUAUUAUUGUUUUGAUUUAGAUCAAAAAAACAUUAUUGAUAUCGCAUUCUGUAGUGAGCAUGUCUCGCUUAGAAGAGUAGGUAAAAAGAUUGAAGCAAAUAAAUGAAAUAGCCAGAAUUUUAAGCUCGAUUCUUCGUAUCUGGAUGAAUGAAAUUUAAAAGGCAAUACUCUGAUCGAUUUAGGAAAAAAUCUAGAAGAAAUUGAAAGAUCUAUCGAAGAAUUAAAACUCUAUCCAAACAAUUAUGAUUCAUAUCAUAAAAAAGGUGACGCUUUUUAUAAUUUAGAAAGAUAUCUAGAAGCAAUCGAAUGCUAUGACGAAGCAAUCAAACUAUAUCCAAGUUAUGCUUAUUUUUACAUUGAUAAAGGCAAAGCUUUUAAAAAAUUAAAAAGAUAUCUAGAAGCAAUCGAAUGCUAUGAGGAAGCAAUCAAAGUCGAUCCAGAUGAUGCUGAUUUUUAUUAUACUUUAUUCAAGCGAUGCUGAUUCUUACUAUAAUAAAGGGGAUGCUUUAAAUAAAUUAGGAAGAUACCAAGAAGCAGUAGAAAGCUAUGAUGAAGCAAUCAGAUGCAAUCGAUAUAAUUCCAAGUUAUAUAAUGGUAAAGGCAAUACUCUUUAUGCUUUAGAGAGAUAUCAAGAAGCAAUGAAAUGCUAUGACGAGGCAAUCGAACUUCAACCCAAUAAUCCUUUGUAUUUCUGCAACCGGGCUAGAGUAUUUAAUAAUCUCAGACAAGAAGAAGCAGCUUUGCAGGACUUUAAUAGGGCUUAUAAUUGGAAUCAAGAAUUAUAUAGUCGUGGUUUCACUGAGGAUAAAUGGGAAAGGUUGCUUUCUAAAAAAGAGAUCAAAUUUAUUAACGAAGUAUUAGGCCGAGACCGUAUUGAACUACACCAAAAAAUGCAGAUUUAG